AUGUUUGAAUAUACCCUAGCUGAUAAUUCAGAUAUACCGACGUGGUCAAAUUUCGACAGUUUUUUAACCCACAAAUACAAAACCCUCGAAUCUGUUGGAAACUUCAAAGCUUCAGUAGCAAAAUUACCCCCAUUCCACACCGGUGCAGUUAAAAGAACAGAUGAAAAGAAAUACAACACUUUUCAUGCAAACGUGGCUGAAACGCCAAUUGCUAGACCCUCUAAUACCCAAAGAAAGAAUAAUUUCAACUUUACUCAACAUAAUAUAGAUACAGAAAGCUGUAAGCUCUGUAAAAAGCAGCACCCUAUUCGAGAAUGUCCCAAAUUUCUCGCAAUGAAUGUGGAGCCACGUAUCUCCACAAUCAAAAAAUAUGGUUAUUGCUAUAACUGCUUGGCCAUAUCACACAGCUACAAGAACUGUGUGAGUAAAUUCUCGUGUCGUAAGUGUCACAAAAAACACAAUACUCUGAUACACAGAGAAUCCAGCUUUCGACCUGAAUCCACUCCGGAAAUACCAAACGUCACUAGUUCGAACCAUGAAAAUGCUUCAAGUACCGCACUACCCACCCAAAGCACAAAUACAAAUCGGCAAGCCUACACUACAACUAUACAGUCCACUAUAUCAUCAACCCAAGACCCACCCAACCCAAGUAGAAAGCAGAUAUUACUCGGUACUGCAAUGGUUCAAAUAGAACAUAAUGGCCAGCGAUAUUCCGCGAGAGCCCUUAUUGAUUCAGGAUUGGAAGUCACAUUUAUAUCUCGAAGACUUCAGAGAAGCUUGGAUAUACCCACCCACUCUGUAUCAGCCCAAGUGACCGGACUAAACAAUGCAGUUUCAGCAACACCAACGAGUAUUUGUGAAAUCACGCUUUGCUCACCCUUAAACACAAAUUAUAAGCUAUCAGCACAGGCAUUUAUACUAAAUAGCCUAACUGAUAAUUUACCCUCAUACCCCAUAGAUCCAAAGCAGUGUCUUAAAAAUCUUGGAUUCACUUUAGCCGACACCCAAUUUCACAAACCCAGACCCGUGGAUAUACUAAUCGGUAGUGAUAUCUAUCCAAGUAUUUUACUCAAUGGAGUAAAGAGAAACGUACUAGGUUCACUCUUAGCUCAAGAGACUGAAUUCGGAUGGAUAUUGUCCGGACCCAUAACCCAACCCUCCCAAAAUUCCACCAUAGUAUCAUUUCACAAUAAAGUGAAUCCCGAGAGUCUUCUCACACGUUUUUGGGAGGUGGAGGAAAUCCCAAAGGAAUCCGUAGUUUCCAAAUCGGACCAAAUUUGUGAGGAGAUUUUCCAAAAAACUACCCGUCGUAAUCCAGAUGGGCGCUAUAUAGUAACCCUACCCUUCAAAGAACCCGACAAUAUUGACAUCGGGCACUCUAGACAUAUAGCGUUGGCCCAAUUCCUCAGAAAUGAACGAGCUUUACUUAAAAAACCCGAAGUGAAAGCAGAAUACGACAAAGCAAUCAUGGAAUAUUUGGAACUCGGACAAAUGAAGAAAGUAGAAUACAACCCUUCUGGUAAAACGACCCAAUAUUACUUACCACACCACGUGGUCAUUAAACCCGACCGUAUAACCACGAAAUUGCGUGUGGUAUUUAACGCAUCUUGCCCCACGUCAAAUCACAAAAGCUUGAAUGACGUCUUACAUAUCGGGCCUACUUUACAGAAAGACCUUGUCAUUCUGAUCACAAAUUGGCGACUCUUCCAAUUCGUUUUUAAUGCGGAUAUUCAGAAAAUGUACCGGCAAAUACUCGUAGACCCUAAACACACUCGGUUCCAAAGGAUAUUAUUUAGGAAGUCCCCGGAAGACACAAUAGAAGACUUCGAAUUGCAAACAGUCACGUUCAGCAUAAAUUGUGCACCGUAUCUAGCAAUCCAGACCCUCAUGAAACUUGCCGAUGAUAUAGAAGAAACCCACCCAUUAGCAGCCAAAAUACUUCGCCAGGAAAUGUAUGUAGACGAUGUUUUAGCCGGAACACAUGACCUGACCACGGCAAAGUCAGCACGAGAUGAACUCAUUUCCGCUCUGAAGACCCCAGGAUUCGCUCUGCGAAAAUGGACCUCCAAUGACCCACACAUUCUGAAAGGACUUCCACAGGAUCAUCUUUUAGAGACAGAAACACUCAACCUUUCGGAACCCGAGAACACCAAAACCCUGGGCAUUCGAUGGAACUCCAAAAAGGAUUCAUUUUUCUUCCUCGUCAACCCAAUGGAGAAAAAACCCGCAUACACCAAACGAGAAGUUUUAUCAGCCAUUGCAAAAUUGUUUGACCCAGCCGGUUGGCUUGGUCCAAUAAUAAUCACGGCAAAAAUAAUUAUGCAACAAAUAUGGCUGGAUAAAACUGACUGGGAUGAAAGCCUGAAACCCCUCACCCUUCAUCGAUGGAACAGCUUCGUAAAGGAUUACGACAACAUCAACAAUAUUGAAAUACCCAGCAUACAAAUCAGCUCAAAUAAUGACACAAAGUUUUCUCUGGAAUGUAACGCAGUUAUCACCCACAAGCUACCCAAAAAACCGUAUGAGCGAGAUCUAAGCGACGAUGUGCAAAUGCGCUUUGAACACUUGGUUCUCGCUGACCCUCAAUUCCACAGCAACAGGGAGAUAACGUUGGAGAUUGGAGCAGAUGUGUACCCUCAAAUCAUCAGAAAUGGACUAUUCAAACCCGAUAAUGGUACGGUGGUAGCGCAGAAUACAGCAUUUGGCUGGACCCUUACUGGCACCAUCUAA